CACAAACUCCGAACUCCCAAACCCUCCUUUUCCCUCAAACCGCUCCAACAGCCGCGAUCAUAUUUUCCGGCGCCGGAAUAUUCUCCGGAUCCACUCUCAGGCAGUAUCCUCAUAUCUAUUCAUCUUUAACUUCUUCCUGUCUCCCCCGGAUACGUCGGAAUAUUCGUUUCCCUAAGCUUCCGAGCAGUAAUUUGAAUAUAGCUGAUCGCGAUUUAAUUUGUAGGAAUUUAGAUAUUUUUUGUUUUGAUUCUUCGAGUUGGAAGUAGAAAUAUAUAAAAUUCAUAUCCGCCGGAACUUCAGCCUUUAAUUUGUCCUUUUUCCUUUUCCUCAUAAACCCUAAUUUUCGCUGGAAAGUAACAGCAUCUCUCCAACUGUAAUAUUCUCUGGGCUUUCCUUCUGUAAUAUUUUGUGAAAAGAAGAAAUAGAGUGUUGAAUUGUACGUCGGAAGACUCAAAUGGCGGAUUCCGAUAACGAAUCGGGCGGGAAUCGGGACCAGAGCUCCCUUCGGGAGCAAGACAGGUUUCUCCCAAUCGCCAACGUCAGUAGAAUCAUGAAGAAAGCACUGCCGGCGAACGCCAAAAUAUCCAAAGACGCCAAGGAGACGGUGCAGGAAUGCGUGUCGGAGUUCAUCAGCUUCGUCACCGGCGAGGCGUCGGACAAGUGCCAGCGCGAGAAGAGGAAGACGAUAAACGGCGACGAUUUGUUGUGGGCGAUGACUACCCUGGGAUUCGAGGAGUACGUGGAGCCUCUGAAGAUCUAUCUGCAGCGCUUCAGGGAUAUCGAGGGGGAGAAGAGCGCCAUGAUAGGGAGAGGAGAGAAGGAUUCCUCCGCCGCUUCCACUGCCACCGGCGGGAUGAACAUUGGAAGCAGUUACGACGGGAUGUACGGAAUGAACUUGAUUGGUCAUCAGGCGGGUCCCACAUACGGCUACGGGUCCGGAUCCGGGAAACCCGGUUCGGGCUCCUCAUCAGGCAGGCCAAGAUAGCAGGCCAGCUAGUGCUCGGGCUAGGCUACCUCACUUUGCUAGACACGUGUUAGUGAAUGAUUAAUUGGAUUGAUUGAUGGUGGGGUCAUCUAUGCUUACGCAGCAUAUUCAACUAUGUAAUUAUUUAAAAAUGUUAUUUA